AUGGCGAAUUCGUAUCCCGACGUAGGCCCCACAAAGUUGCCUCCGCCUUCUCUAUCAUCGGUAUCCACCAGAAGGUCCCGCUCAUCUAGUCCACGCAAGCCGAGCGAGUCCACCUACCGAGCACAUUGGUUAUCCGAAAUCAAACCCGCCGUCCAUCAGCCAUUGAUUCCCCAGUCUUCUGUCCCUAGGAAACGGCUUACCAAGCAAAGCAGCCCUGGCGAGCCUGACAGCUCUCAACCGGGCAUGAACCUGGAAAGUUCGUCUUCGUUUCCAUCAGCCCAGCCCGCAGCUGCACCGCUUCUCCGCAAAGGCACAGCUCUAUCAGUGUCAUCUGAGCAAACGCUCACAACGCCUUUCUUCCUCAAGGAUCCCCGUCCCGACAUCUCCCUGGGGCUAUCGGAUGGAACCCUUGCAACAGCACUGCAUUCGGCGGGGGUCGCAAAUGCAGAUUUCCUGUUGAACGACCUCCAGGACACCGGUGAGCUUAUCAGCGAUCCCGGUGUGACCCCACUGAGCUUACGGUUUCCAUUCCUUCUCGUCGAGGCAAAGUCGGGAGCAACCGGCGGAAAUCUCUAUCAAGCACAGAAUCAAGCAGCAGUGGCUGGCGCCUCGGCAGUGAAUAUUCAAAAAGCUCUCUUUGGGGCUGCUGAUGGGCAGCCGCUCGAAACACGAGGCCCUCAGCUAGCGGGGUCUUCUAAUCCGAUGUCCCUCUGUUUCUCCGUCACCACGGAAGGGCCUGUCUGUGAACUGUGGGCUCAUUUCUGGAAUGAAACUAAGAGCAGCUAUGGUAUGAUCAACAUUGGCAUCUGGCGGACAACACAAGAGGAUAGUGCAUUUGAUCUGAUCUCGAAAAUCUCAAGCAUCUUGAAUUGGGGCUCAACAGCCUUCCAAGAUGACAUAGUCAAAAGCCUGAUGCUCUGA